CUGCCGCCAUUGGCCACCGGACUCCUGGACGGGUGUGUUUACGUCUUCCAGGUUCGUGUGGGCAAUGGGAAGACAUGGUCUGAAUGGUCUCACACCUCCAGCCCUUUCCUGUUCCAGGUGCCACCUCCUAUCCCGCCGACAGCGGCGUCACUGAAAGCUCAGAAGACAGUUACAGUGGAGGUGAUGUCAGCUACAGCAGCUCGAGUGGUCUGGGGCGACUUCAAGCCAGCACCCGGGCUGACUUUGCUCGAAUACGAGGUCCGGGCCACGCCGAGGCAGGAGGGGAACCCCCGAGCGAAGGCUUUCCCGAGCCAAGCUGUGACCUUCCAGCACCGCUACCGGGGUGGCUUCAUCCAACACGAGCUCUUGAACCUCCUGCCCUUCACCAGCUACACCUUCUCCGUGCAGGCCCGCUAUCCGAAGGUGGGCAUGCGCCUUUGGUCGGGACAGCAGGUCACGGAGCCCGUGGUCCUCGAGCCGGCCGUCGCCUACCAGGAUCCCCCCACACCGCUGCCCGUGCCGGACACCAGCGCUGCCACGGACGAGGAGGACUCGGUUUGCUGUGAGGCCAUCAUCGAGUUUCCUGCAGAGGAGGAGGAGGGGGUGCAGUACGACUUGGAGUAUGCUUUCGUCUUGGGCGACGACUUGGACACGGCAGAGAUGCGGGUCGCGAACACUUUGUGGCGCUCCCCGAGAGAGGUGACAAUGCUGGGCUCCCACGGCGUCAC